CGGUGGGGGGUUAAGGGGAGCUGAUGUUCUGUUGGUCUGGAGGGUCCCUGUAUCCAGGAAGAGGAUAUGAGAAGAGCAGCUUUGCAGGUAGAGCUUCCCAACUGAGUACCAUGUGAAGGUCUGACAGAGCCCCUUGAUUCGUGGGACAGGAGAGACGUCCCUCUUUCAGUCCAGAAGGGGCAAAUUCUUUGAACGUUUUUGUCUGCUUCAGUAGGCUCUUAAAAUAUCGUCUUUACCUGAACCACAGGGGCACGUGCCUGAGCCAGUUUGCCCACUGUGGGGAAAGGAAGUCUCAGGAGGCAUUCCACGUGCCAUGGAGAAACCGUGGAAGUGUGGGGAUUGCGGGAAAGGAUUCCGCUCCCCCUCCAAGCUGGAGAUCCACCGCCGUGUCCACACCGGGGAGAGGCCGUUCAGCUGCUCGGUGUGCGGGAAGGGCUUCAGCGACUCGUCCACCCUGCUGACCCACCAGCGGGUCCACACCGGGGAGCAGCCCUUCACCUGCUCGGUGUGCGGGAAGGGCUUCACCCGGCUGUCCAUCCUGCUGACCUACCAGCGGCUCCACACCGGGGAGAGGCCGUUCGCCUGCUCCGAGUGCGGGAAGGGCUUCAGCGACUCGUCCACCCUGCUGCGGCACCAGCAGGUCCACACCGGGGAGAGGCCCUUCACCUGCUCCGUCUGCGGCAAGGGCUUCACCCAGUCGUCCACCCUGUUCUCACACCAGCGGGUCCACACCGGGGAGAGGCCGUUCAGCUGCUCCGUCUGCAGCAAGAGCUUUACCCGCUCGUCCACCCCGCUGACCCACCAGCGGAUCCACACCGGCGAGGGGACCUUCACCUGCUCCGAGUGCGGGAAGGCCUUCACUAAGUUGUUGAAACUGAAGUCCCACCAGCGGGUCCACACCAGGAAGCGGCCCUUCACCUGCUCCAUCUGCGACAAGGGCUUCGCCCGCUCGUCCGACCUGCUAACCCACCAGCGGGUCCACACCGGGGAUAGGCCGUUCAGCUGCUCGGUCUGCGGCAAGAGCUUUACCCGCUCGUCCGACCUGCUAACCCACCAGCGGGUCCACACCGGGGAGAGGCCGUUCAGCUGCUCGGUCUGCGGCAAGAGCUUUUCCCGCUCGUCCAACCUGCUGACCCACGAGCGGCUCCACAACGGGGAGCGGCCCUUCACCUGCUCCGUCUGCGGCAAGGGCUUCACCCGCUCGUCGCACCUGCUGCGGCACCAGCGGGUCCACACCGGGGAGCGGCCCUUCACCUGCUCGGUGUGCGGCAAGAGCUUUACCCGCUCGUCGCACCUGCUGACCCACCAGCGGGUCCACACUGGGGAGCGGCGCUUCACCUGCUCAGUCUGCGGCAAGGGCUUCCCUCACUCGUCCACCCUGCUGCAGCACCGGCAGGUCCACACCGGGGAGCGGCCCUUCACCUGCUCCGUCUGCGGCAAGGGCUUCCCUCACUCGUCCGACCUGCUGCGGCACCAGCAGGUCCACACCGGGGAGAGGCCGUUCAGCUGCUCGGUCUGCGGCAAGAGCUUUACCCGCUCGUCCGACCUGCUGGCCCACCAGCGGGUCCACACCGGGGAGAGGCCGUUCAGCUGCUCGGUCUGCGGCAAGAGCUUCACCCGCUCGUUCAACCUGCUGGCCCACCAGCGGGUCCACACUGGGUAGCGGCCCUUCACCUGCCUGGUCUGCGGCAAGGGCUUCCCCCAUUCGUCCGGCCUCCAGAUCCACCAGUGGGUCCACACGGGGGAACAUCCUUCCGAUAGACCAGAAGUGCACAUAAUACAGAGAAACUUCGAUUAUCCAGAAUUAGAUGAACCAGCACGGUGGCUCAGUGGUUAGCGCUGCUACCUCACAGUACCAGGGACCCGGGUUUCAUUCCUGCCUCAGGCGACAGACUGUGUGGAGUUUGCACAUUCUCCCCGCGUCUGCGUGGGUUUCCUCCUAGUGCUCCGGUUCCGUCCCACAGUCCAAAGAUGUGCAGGUCA